AUGUUCAGAUCCGGGCCCACUCGUCGGCCGGUUGCACCGGCAAGUGGCGCGAGCGCAGAUCAACCGCCCACGCAUGCAGCACAUCGUCUCCACGCCAUCGGCGUCAUCGGCAGCGUCAAAAGAAGACAGGAUCCCGCCUUGGCCCCACCACUAACCCCAACGUCGUCUGAUGCCGGAGCCGAGAGCAAAUGUGGACCUCGGCGCCAUGACAUUCAAGGAGCUGUUCUGGCAGUCUGGGUGAGCAUACACUUUUGA